AUAAUAAUAACCGGUUGUCACAAUAACAUCGUUUUAUUAUUUCAUAUUCAAUGUGGUGAUGGAUCACUGUUGUCAGUAUUUUUAUUAUUACUAUUAUCAUCAUCGUUAUCACGAUAAAGAUGAAGCUAGAGGCUAGUUAAAACAUUAUGCCAAGAAUAAUAUUAAGUUGGAUACUUUUAAUAUGGAUUAUAUGCGCUUUUUUAUCUAUUCUAAUCACAAUUGCAAGUUUUCUUAGUCCAUAUUGGUUAGUUCGUAUUGAAACACCAGAGACACGUCGUUUAACAGCAUGUCCACAUCAUCAUCUGUAUGAUACUGUGAAUAAUAAUAAUAAUAUUGAUAUAGAUUUAUCUACUGUAAAUUCCAAUAAAUCAGACAAUGAAUUAAUACAAUUGAUAAUACCACCAUCAAUUGGACCAUGGUUUCGAUGUCAAAGUAUCUGUAGUAAAUUAUCAUAUUCCAAUAAUAAUGAAAAUGAAAAUAUGUUACACUGGCAACUUUUUGAUGAUACCUUAUUUAAAUGUCAAUUAUCUAUGUGGGGAUUUGGAGCAAAACCAGCUAUUGCAAAUGAAUUGAUAUGGUUAGCUGGAUUAAUGAGUAUGAUUGGAUGUUGUUUAUUGUGUAUAUCAUUCAUUUUUCUAUUGUUAACAAUGUGUAAACGUGAAAUAUAUGAUCAUAGUGUAUUUAGCUGUACUGGAUCAUUACUUGGCAGUGCUGGUAA